GGGUCAGCUGCCUGCGGAGCCGCUUUGUCCCCGAGCCGGGGGGGGACGAGGGGCGUGGGGGGGUCACUGUGGGGUCACCUGGGGGUCAAGGGUCAGCCAAGGACAUAGGAACGGUCAAGGGUCAUGGAGUGACCACUGGCCUGGGGACAGCGGAUGGACAGGGGACGGUCAAAGGUCAUGGAGUGACCACUGGCCUGGGGACAGCGGAUGGACAGGGGACGGUCAAGGGGAUGGUCAAGAACUGGACAGUGCUGGAGAGCCGGGGGGGUCAGGGGUCAGUGGGGACACCGGGGACAGUGUCCGGCCAUGAGCCCAAGGCCUCGAUGACCCCUUUGGUGACCACGCUGACCGCUCCCCCUGUGACAUCACCGGUGUCACCAGCGGGAGGCGCUGUCCCCGUGUCCGGGGUCACUGUCCCUGUGUCCAGCUCUGUCCCCAAGCCUGGGGUCACUGACCCUCUGUCCAGUGGCUCUGUCCCUGUCUCCAGCGGUGUCCCUGUGUCCGGUGACACUGCCCAGGUGUCCAGUGGCUCUGUCCCCAAGUCCGGGGUCACUGUCCCCACGUCCAGUGCCACUGUCCAGGUGUCCAGCUCUGUCCCCGUGUCCAGUGCCACUGUCCCCGUGUCCAGUGCCACUCUCCCGGUGUCCACCUCCGUCCCCUCGGCGCCCCGGCCGCUGUCACCGCGCCGUGACCCGCCGUGUCCCCCUGCGUGUCCCCACCCCGCCCUGACGCGCCGCAGCGGCAACACCAUCACCGUGCGGCCGCGCCGCGCCGCCGGCCCCACUGCUGGCCCCGCUGGUGGCCCCGCUGGUGGCCCUGGUGGUGGCCCUGGUGGUGGCCCUGGUGGCCCUGCUGGUGGCCCUGGUGGCCCCGGGGGCGCGGCCGAGCCCCCCAAGAAGCGCUACCCCACGGCCGAGCAGAUCCAGGUGAUCGGGGGGUACCUGGCGCUGCCGCGCUCCUGCCUGGCCAAGGGCGAGCCCCGGCGCAAGAAGCUGCAGAUGUGGUUCA